AUGAGAGCUGAGAGGGGCAAUGAUGAUCUUGCAACUCAUCCACGCGUCGCGAGAGAGAUUCCGGCGUUGCCGGAUGAACGGGAAUUGCAGAAGCGCGGGGUGGAUAUUGGUGGGAGAUGGGGACCGACGCUUAGAUGGUGGUGGAUUGAGCGUGCGAGGGCUCGGGGAGAGUUGAGUACAACGACGACGACGGAUGAAGCGGAUCACAAUGAUAGCCCACGGAGAGGUGCAGCGUUGAGUGAUGGUGGUGGUGAUGAUAUGGAGAUGCAUCAUGUCAGUCAAGGGACGACGGUGGCUGCUGGUUCGAGGGGGACGUCACAGUCAGCUGCAGCGCAGGAGAACGACAAUGCCAAGACUCAUAUGCUUUCAGCUGCAGCUGGAGUGAGGCCACAACCACAACCACAUCGACAGCAUUCCGUGAGUCGAGUUUCAAGUGCGUCGAGCUUGGCAUCAAGACCGGAGCCUGUUCGAGAUGUGCUUUGGUGGGAAGGAAUCGAUUUUGACGACGAGGAUUGA